UUCGAUAGAAGCUAAUUCGAGAGAUCUUGCCAAACCAUAGCCACAAGAGUGAAGAGAGAAGGAGAAAGAUGAAGGUGAUAGAGAAGAUCCAACAGGCUGCCGACAAAGUUGUCUUCUCCUUCGAGUUCUUCCCUCCUAAGACUGAAGAUGGAGUCGAGAAUUUGUUCGAAAGAAUGGAACGUAUGGUGGCCCACAACCCUUCAUUCUGCGACAUUACAUGGGGAGCUGGCGGCACCACGGCGGAUUUGACCCUUGAGAUCGCUAACAGGAUGCAGAACAUGGUCUGUGUUGAGACCAUGAUGCAUCUCACUUGCACUAACAUGCCUGUUGAGAAGAUCAACACUGCUCUUGACACCAUCAAGUCUAAUGGUAUCCAAAAUGUUCUUGCUCUUCGUGGUGAUCCUCCUCAUGGUCAGGAUAAGUUCGUCCAAGUCGAAGGAGGGUUUUCCUGUGCUCUUGAUCUGGUAGAGCACAUUCGAUCGAAAUAUGGAGAUUACUUUGGAAUAACAAUUGCUGGCUACCCAGAGGCACAUCCUGAUGUCAUACAAAGUAAUGGUGAAGCUACGAAUGAGGCAUACCGGAGUGACCUAGCUUACCUCAAGAGAAAGGUUGAUGCUGGAGCCGAUCUCAUCGUCACUCAACUUUUCUAUGACACUGAUGUUUUUCUCAAGUUUGUUGAUGAUUGCCGUCAAAUUGGAAUUAAUUGCCCCAUCGUCCCAGGAAUUAUGCCUAUUAACAAUUAUAAGGGUUUUAUUCGCAUGACUGGUUUCUGCAAAACUAAGAUACCUGCUGAGGUUACUGCAGCAUUAGAACCUAUCAAGGACAAUGAAGAAGCUGUCAAAGCCUAUGGAAUUCACCUUGCAACUGAGACAUGCAAGAAGAUAAUGGCCAGUGGAAUUAAGACAAUACAUCUGUACACACUAAACAUGGAGAAAUCUGCACUGGCGAUAUUGAUGAAUCUUGGGCUAAUUGAGGAGUCCAAAAUUUCAAGAUCAUUGCCCUGGAGGCGACCAACAAAUGUUUUCCGUGUCAAAGAAGAUGUCCGCCCAAUAUUUUGGGCUAAUCGGCCAAGGAGCUACAUCUCAAGGACAGUAGGUUGGGAGCAGUACCCUCAAGGGAGAUGGGGAGAUUCUCGGAAUGCAUCAUAUGGGACCUUGUCUGAUUACCAGUUUAUGAGGCCAAGAGCCCGUGAUAAGAAACUUCAAGAGGAGUGGGUUCUUCCUUUGAAGAAUGUUGAAGAUAUACAUGAGCAAUUUAAAAAGUACUGCCUUGGGGAAUUGAAAAGCAGUCCAUGGUCAGAACUAGAGGGACUACAGCCAGAGACAAAGAUUAUAAAUGAGCAGCUGGGGGACAUAAACUCUAAAGGGUUUCUUACAAUAAACAGUCAACCUGCUGUUAAUGGUGCAAAAUCCGACUCUCCUUCUGUUGGGUGGGGUGGACCAGGUGGUUAUGUUUAUCAGAAGGCAUAUGUAGAGUUUUUCUGUUCCAAGGAUAAUUUAGACGCUUUGAUCAAGAAAAGCGAGUCCUUCCCAUAUUUGACAUACAUGGCUGUGAACAAAAGUGGAAACUGGGUAUCCAACAUUAGCCAGAAUGAUGUGAAUGCAGUUACAUGGGGAGUCUUCCCUGCAAAGGAGAUCAUUCAACCAACAGUUGUGGAUCCAGCCAGCUUUGUUGUUUGGAAGGAUGAAGCUUUUGAGAUUUGGUCAAGAGGCUGGGCCAAGUUAUACCCAGAGGAGGAUGACUCAUCAAAGAAACUGCUCGAAAAGGUGCAAAGCGACUACUUCUUGGUCUGCCUAGUGGACAACGAUUAUGUUGAUGGUGAUUUGUUUGCUGCUUUCAAGGGUCUCUGAUUCAGGUUAGCACCUCUAUCGGAACAAACCCUAAAACCAAGAUCUCUGGAAUAAGAGCUUUUGGACCGAGCCAUUAUGUUUGCGACAAAAGAUAUAUUAUCAUAGCUAUGUAAUUUUGAGAAUUUGUUUUUCAUAUUUCUGCUGCACGGUGCAAUCAUUCAUCAUCGGUCCUAUAUUAAUUAUGCUACAGGACAUGUUGCUUAUGUAUUUUUUAACAAUAUUGGAAAGUCACAUUCAGUGUUAUUUUUUCCACAUUGUACGUCAAAUGCAUUCAUCUUAUCAUGUUUAUGCACAUCUUGAUUUAUAUGUUACAAUUAUUUUAGUUUUCCAA